CGGCGAUGCGGCGCUGAGAGCGGCGGCAGCGCUCCCGCGGGCGGCACCGCCGAUGGACGCCUCUCUGCGCCAGGGUGCCAGGGUAUGGCUGCGGGAGCAAGACCAGCUGCAGCCAUGCACUGUUGGCUUGUGUGCCGAUGGAAACGUGCUCUUCACCUCAGAUUAUGGCACGGUGUUCCAGUACCCCAAGGCCUCCCUUUCCAGGGAAAAGGUCUUGCCAAUGCACCAGACCAGCACUGAUGGCGUAGAAGACAUGUCCAUGCUGGGAGAUCUGCAUGAAGCUGCCAUCCUGCUUAACCUGCACCAGCGCUACCAACAGGGUAACAUCUACACAAACAUUGGUUCCAUCUUGGCAUCAGUAAAUCCCUACAAACCCAUCCCUGGUCUGUACAGUGUGGAUGCCAUAGACCUGUACAGACAGCACCGGCUGGGUGAGCUGCCUCCCCAUAUCUUCGCCACCGCUAAUGAGUGCUACUGCUGCUUGUGGAAGCGUCAUGACAGCCAGUGUGUUCUGAUAAGUGGAGAAAGUGGAGCUGGAAAGACUGAGAGCACCAAGUUGCUGCUGAAAUUCUUGUCAGCCAUGAGCCAGACCUCCCUUGGGGCCCCUGCGUGUGAGAAGAGCACUUGCGUGGAAGAAGCCAUCCUGGAAAGCAGCCCCAUUCUGGAGGCCUUUGGAAAUGCCAAGACAGUUUAUAACAACAACUCCAGCCGCUUUGGCAAGUUCAUCCAGUUGCACUUCUCUCAACAUGGACACAUCCAGGGAGGCCGAGUAACUGAUUAUUUACUGGAAAAGAACAGAGUGGUACACCAGAACCCUGGAGAGAGGAAUUAUCACAUCUUUUAUGCUCUGCUAGCUGGUGUGAGCGGGGAGCAGAAAGAGAGCCUCUCCCUCUCUGAGCCAGAGACUUAUCGUUACUUGAACCAGUCUGGCUGUGUGACUGAUGAGAACCUGAAUGAUGUAGAGAUGUUCAGUAAGGUCAUGACUGCCAUGAAGGUGGUGGACUUCAGCACUGAAGAAAUCAGAGACAUCUUCAAACUUCUUUCUGGCACACUUCAUUUGGGAAAUGUUGAAUUCAUGACAGCUGGCGGGGCCCAGAUUACGACAAAAGCAGUGCUGAACAUUGCCAGUGACCUCCUGGGCCUAGAUGCCUUUCAGCUUUCUGAAGUACUGACGCAGAGGUCCAUGAUUCUGCGUGGGGAAGAGAUCAGCUCCCCUCUCACUGUGGAGCAGGCAGCUGACUCCAGAGACUCCCUCUCUAUGGCGCUCUAUUCCCAGUGUUUCUCAUGGCUCAUUAACAAGAUUAAUACCAAGAUCAAAGGCAAGGAAAACUUUAAGUCUGUGGGCAUCCUGGAUAUCUUUGGCUUCGAGAAUUUUCAGGUGAAUCGUUUUGAGCAGUUUAACAUUAACUACGCAAAUGAAAAACUCCAGGAAUAUUUCAACAAGCACAUCUUCUCCUUGGAGCAGCUGGAGUACAACAGGGAAGGGAUAAACUGGGAAGCCAUUGACUGGAUGGAUAAUGCAGAGUGCCUGGACCUUAUUGAGAAGAAACUAGGUCUACUGGCUUUGGUGAAUGAAGAGAGUCGAUUCCCCAAAGGCACAGACAACACCCUUCUGGAAAAACUUCACAGCCAGCAUAUGAGCAACCCCUACUAUGUGAAGCCUCGAGUAACAGACCAUCAGUUUGGCAUAAGACAUUAUGCAGGGGAGGUGCUGUAUGAUGUGAGAGGCUUUCUGGAGAAGAACAGAGACACUUUUCGUGAUGACAUUUUAAACAUGCUGAAAGACAGCAGGCUGGACUUCAUUUAUGACCUUUUUGAAAGAGUCUGCAGUCGUUGCAAUGAAGAGACACUGAAGAUGGGCACCCAGAGGCGCAGACCGACUGUCAGUUCCCAGUUCCGGGAUUCUCUCCAUUCCUUGAUGGCCACGCUUAGUACUUCCAACCCAUUCUUCAUCCGCUGCAUCAAACCAAAUACAGAAAAGGCGCCAAAUCUCUUUAAUCCAGAUGUGGUUCUAAAUCAGCUCCGGUACUCAGGGAUGCUGGAGACAGUGAAAGUUCGAAGAGCAGGUUUCCCUAUACGGCGCCUUUUCCAGGACUUUCUCAGCAGGUACAAGAUGCUCGUGAAGGGAACAAGUCUCUCAGACAACAGCAAAGCUGUAUGUGCAGGUUUUCUUCAGACCUAUGACAGCAGCAAGAAAGAAUGGCAGUUGGGUAAAACCAAGGUUUUCCUGAAGGAAGCUCUUGAGCAGAAGCUGGAGAAGGAUCGGGAAGAGGAGUUGAGGAAAGCAGCUAUAGUCAUCCGGGCCCACGUCUUGGGCUACAUGGCAAGGAAGAAGUAUCAGAAGGUGCUAGCCAGUGUCGUUGUAAUCCAAAAGAACUACCGAGCGUACUUCUGGAAGAAGAGCCUGCUGCGACUGAAGGCCUCUGCGGUCACCCUGCAGAAGCACUGGCGUGGCCGCCUGGCUCGCAGCCUCUACCAGCACCUGCUGCAGCAGGAACUCAGGCGGAAGCAGGAAGUGGAGGAGAGAAGGAGGCGAGAAGAGGAAGAACAGAUCAGAAGAGAGGAAGAGGAAAGACAAUGGCAAGAAGAGGAGGAGCGUAGGAGGAAACAGGAAGAGGAAGAGGUGAAGGAAAGAGAAAAGGAGCAACUGAAUGCACUACUCAAGGUGGCCCAGGUGGAAACAGUAAAGACUGAAGAGGUGGACAUUCCCCUGCAAGAAGAAGAGAGACGUCAAAUGGAGGAGAUCUUAAGACUGGAGAAGGAGAUUGAGAAGUUGCAGCAACAGAAAGAAGAUCACAUGUCUGUCAUCUGUGAAGACGCUAGGAAUGAAAUAAAUCGGCAGCGAGAAGAAGAGAUCCAAAGGCUGGAAAAAGAGGCAUCAAGGGUUGCCCAGGAGUUCUUGGAGCUGCUGGAUUUUGGCAACCUGGAUGAAAGUGUGCAGAACUUAGAACGUUCACUUUCUAGUGAGGGGACACUCAACAUUGACUGCAGCUUGGUGGCACCACUGGCUGAAGAAGAAGUGGAUGAGGGUUUUCAUGCUGAUGACGAAGGACGACCACCUUCUAGUUUGGUGAUCUUGAAUCAGCAUGGCACAAGAAACAGCGAUAACUACUCAAAGGAAGUUGCUGACACAAGCCUUUCACUUCUCCAGAGGGAAGUGGGAGAGGUUGUCCCUGCUCCCAGACAACCUGUGGAAAGAAUCACAUGCCCCAAGGAGCAGAGAGUCAUAUCUGGCCCAGCAGAAAGCAUUUACAGCGCUGUCUCAGAUACACAGAGAAGUAACAGUGGAGAGGCAGGAGAGCCGAUUUACACUUCUCCCCCAGAUGUGGAGUCUGACUAUGACCAUGAGGAGUUUGAUGGCUAUGGAGAUGCAGUUAAUGCCUCAGCUGAGCCCCUGAACGGUGAGGAGGGUCUGAGGCACUCCCAUGGUACCAGCGUAGACUCCAACCGUGGCAGCCUGGACUCGUUUCUGGAGAGCGAAGAAGAAGUGGAUGUUUACAUUGAUACAGAUGAAGAGUUUUGUAAUGGACGAGUCACUAUCUUCAAUGGCUCAGGACCACCCUAUUUUCACAGUUAUCUCUACAUGAAAGGAGGUCUCAUGAACCCAUGGAGGCGGCGCUGGUGCGUUCUGAAGAACGAGGCCUUCAUGUGGUUCCGCACCAAGCAAGAGGCACUGAAGUCAGGCUGGCUCUACAAAAAAGGUGGAGGCAUGUCAACACUUUCACGCCGCAACUGGAAACGCCGUUGGUUUGUGCUUCGAGAAUCCAAGCUGAUGUACUUUGAGAAUGAUAGUGAGGAAAAGCUGAAGGGGACAAUUGAUAUCAGAAGGGCAAAAGAGAUUGUGGACAUUCAUGAAAAGGAGAAUGCUUUGGACAUUGUAACAGAAGACAGAGUUUAUCACAUUGUUGCGGAGUCACCAGAAGAUGCCAGCGGUUGGUUUAAUGUCCUGAGCCGAGUACACAGCGCUACAGCACAGCAGCUGAGGGAAAUGCAGGAUGAACAGGCCAAUCCAAAGAAUGCUGUGGGAACCCUAGAUGUUGGGCUUAUUGACUCUGUCUGUGCCUCAGACAAUCCUGACAGACCGAAUUCUUUUGUGAUCAUCACAGCAAAUCGAGUGAUUCACUGCAACAGCGACACACCUGAGGAGAUGCAUCACUGGAUCUCCUUGCUGCAGAAACCAAAAGGGGAAUCUAAGGUUGAUGGCCAGGAAUUCCUUGUGAGAGGUUGGCUUCAUAAGGAGGUUCAGAGCAGCAAUAAGAUGUCCUCUCUGAAGAUGAAGAAGCGCUGGUUUGUUCUGACAAACACUGCCCUCGAUUACUACAAGUCAUCUGAGCGCACAGCUGCCAAGCUUGGCACACUUGUGCUCAACAGCCUCUGCUCUGUAGUGCAGCCUGAUGAGAGGGUCUUCAAAGACACAGGUUAUUGGAACAUCAUUGUGCAUGGGCGAAAGCACUCCUACAGACUGUACACGAAGCUGCUGAAUGAAGCAAUGCGCUGGGCCUCUGCCAUUCAGGGUGUCAUUGACAGCAAAGUUCCCAUAGAAACACCUACACAGCAACUCAUUCGUGACAUCAGGGAAAACAGCACAAACUUGGAAGUAGUGGAACAGACAUACAGGAGGAACCCGAUCUUGCGAUAUACCCAGCACCCCUUGCAUUCCCCAUUGCUCCCACUACCUUAUGGAGAUGUUAGUGUCAGCUUGCAACAAGAGAAGGGUUACAGCAGCUUACAGGAUGAAGCAGUGAAGAUCUUCAACUCCCUUCAGGAAAUCGAGACGGUGUCUGACCCCAUACCCAUUAUCCAAGGCAUCCUACAGACCUGCCAUGAUUUAAAGCCUCUUCGUGAUGAAGUGUACUGUCAGCUCAUCAAGCAAACUAACCACAUGCCACAUCCCAACAGUACUGGGAACCUGCACCACUGGCAGCUGAUGUGCUGUAUGAGCUGCACUUUCCUGCCCAGCAGAGGGAUCCUGCGCUACCUCAAAUUCCACCUUCGAAGGGUAAAAGACCUCUUUCCAGACUCAGAAAUAGACAGGUAUGCACAAUUCAUAAGUGACUCCUUGAAGAGAACAAAGACAAGGGAGUUUGUGCCCUCCCAGGAGGAAAUACAGGCUCUUCUCACACGUGAAGAAAUGACCACAACAGUGUACUGCCAUGGUGGCGGCUCCUGUAAAAUAACCAUCAACUCCCACACCAGCGCUGGGGAGGUGGUUGAAAAGUUGAUCCGAGGUUUAGCAAUGGAGGACAGCCGGAAUAUGUUUGCACUCUUUGAACAUAAUCAGCAGGUUGACCGUGCUGUGGAGAGUCGGGUGAUUGUGGCUGAUAUCUUGGCCAAGUUUGAGAGACUUGCUGGCUCUGAAGAAGAAGAGGAGGGACAGUGGCAACUGUAUUUUAAGCUUUAUUGCUUCUUGGAUAUUGAGAAUGUUCCCAAAGAUGGGGUGGAAUUUGCCUUCAUGUUUGAGCAGGCUCAUGAAAGCCUCAUAGAUGGUCAUUUUCCAGCACCAGAGGACACUCUGCAGCGCCUAGCAGCUCUGCGGCUUCAGUAUCUUCAUGGAGAUUACUCCAAAAUAAGUUGGACCCUUGAUGGAAUCUACCCAGUUAACAGACUGAAAUCCAAAAUACUGCACUCAACGAAGAGCAGUGGCACUACCAGUCAUACUCUGGAGAGGAGACGGACCAGCUUCCUUGAAGGGACAUUGAAACGUAGCUUCAAGACAGGGUCUGUAAAGAAGCAGAAGGUAGAAGAGGAGCAGAUGAUGGAGAUGUGGGUGAAGGAAGAGCUUUCAGCUGCUCGUGCAAGCAUAGCACAGAAAUGGACCAAGCUGCAGGGACUCUCUCAGCAUCAGGCCAUGGUGAAAUACAUGUCCAUCAUAAAGGAGUGGCCAGGUUAUGGGUCAACACUCUUCGAUGUUGAGUGCAAGGAGGGUGGAUUCCCCAACGAUCUCUGGCUUGGAGUCAGCACAGAGAAUGUGUCUGUCUACAAACGAGGGGAUCCUAAACCUCUAGAAACUUUCCAGUAUGAGCACAUUGUUUUCUUCGGAGCACCACAGCCUAACACCUUCAAAAUUACAGUGGAUGAGAGAGAAAUGUUCUUUGAAACAUCCCAGGUGGGCGAGAUAAUAAAGAUCAUGAAAGCAUACAUCAACAUGAUUGUGAAGAAACGCUGCAGUGUCAAAUCAGCCACCAGUGUGGACAGUCACGCAAGCAUCUGGACUAGGUGAUACGAAUGAACUGGCAGUAGUUUAGUGAUGAGGAUUUGCAACUUGCCAGCACAAGUGUAGCAAAGAUGUUUUCUAAGAAUUCAGCUGACUACUGUAUUCGAAACCUGAAGUGACAUCUACAGUACUAUAGGAUUUGCACCUCUGCCCAAAGACAUUAAACAGUAACAACUGUUGUUAAACACUAAUGACCCAAAACUUGUUUUCCCGUUGCUUGUUUGAUGAACAGUGUACCUUAAAGAAGCAAAGUCAGAAGCAUCCUCGUUCUCCUUCAGUGUCCUCUCUGCUGCUUUCACCAUUACUUGUCAUGCUGGCAGAAAAAUUCACAAGAAUCAUUUCUGCAAGACAGGAGACAGACUUAAGCUUCCUUCUGAAUUUUGAACAUCCAGACAUCUGGGAUCAUGUGAUCAUAGCAUGGUCUGCUAAAAGAAUAUUUGUUUUAUUUAUUUUGCGAGCAAACCUAAAAUAUAAGUCACUGUGGUUUGGUUUUUUUUUUUUUUCUUCAGGAUACACUAAUGAUCUGAUCUGGUUUUGAACGAAAAUGCCUUUGUGUAGUUGAAGCCAAGUGGUCCAACAGAGAGGUCAAACCCUACAUGAGAGAGCAUUAAACAAACAAAUAAAACCACCCAAGGUGAUUAUUUACCUUCCAAUAAAAGUUCACAGGUACAUGACUAUAAAAAGUGGCACUUUCAGUUAAACUACUAAAUACUCCAACAUAGGAGAAAAUCUUUGGGACUAGCACCACUGCCAUUCCAGGCACAUUGUAAGCAGCACCUAUUGCCUAAAAAAAAAUUACUGCCUUUCCCCUGUACAGUGUAAGAGAGAGAUUGUUUUAUUAGCAUUUCCAGAAGAGCUGCUCUUCACAAACUCCAGGUAUUAGAUGGAGGUUGGAGGUUUAUGUUGACCAGCCUGCCUGCGUUAAGAUCCUUCGUUCUCUAGAUGGGAUUUUAGGAUGACUGGGGUCCCUGAACUUUAGUUUUAAAGUGAACUGUUUCCUAGUGAGUGAAUAGAUGCCUAGAUAAAUUGUUAUAGGUAAGAUUUUCACUUCUCUAUACAACUGUAAGCAAAUGCCAAACCUGUCAUCCACUUACAGCUUUUAACAGGAACUGCUUGCAUUAUGGAAUCCCCCAAUCCUUUUCCAGUCUCGUCUAGGUCCCUUGUCCUCAGCAGAACUUGAAAACAAUGCUGUUUUGCCAAAACAACUGCUUCUUGGAGGUAUUUAUAGCUCCUGCAAUUUGAAGAAGCAGAAUUUUGAUGACAGUCAUCUUCAGUCUCUUGACCUCAGAAACUUGACUUCAGUGUUUAAAACAAUAUUCAGUAUCAGUCACAUCAAAAAUUAGUUGAAUUAGAAAACAAGAAAGCUGGUGGCGAGCCAUUUUCUAUGACUCUUGUCUAGUCUUGGGAUCCCAGAAUGCAAAGGCCCAUUCUGUUUCUUAAUGAAACUGCAGAACUGUAUGUAAUGUGGGCCUUGUUCCACGUUUAAUAUUGUCUGUCUCCAUUUCUGAAGAAGUAGUAGCUAAGGUGUAUUAGCUAUGAAAUAAAAAUUUCAUAGAAAAGCAGGAGUCAGUACGGAGCAGAUUCCAUUUCAUCAUCAGAUUGUGCCAUGUCACUAACACUGUGUCACAGAACACUGUAAUUUUGAGAUUGACAGUACAAGAAGAAACACUGUACAUAACCCAUACUCUUCUCUUGUUUCCAUUACACUGCAGCACGUGCAAACACUGUGCACUUGCCACAUGAUCAGCCUAAGAGGAUAGCCACUGCUGUGCAUCAUACUUCAGCUGGAGUUUUGCCUUAAAUAGCUUUACUGAAGGAUCCUAUAAACACCCCCUUGUUGUCACAAGGAAUAAAAAGAUGACCAGGUCACAAGUGAGAAACACGAAUGCAGAGGCAGCCUGAGAAGCAACCCGUUGUAUCGAACCGUACACUGACUCAAUCUGUUAUGUAUCAGACUAGUCUUGAUUAUCCCUGUUCUAACUGCACUAGCUCUGUGUUCUGGCUCUUGGGUUGCUGCAGGCAGCUUGAACCCACUUGAAACAUAACUCCACUACUAUUUGUUGUAACUUUGCUCAUUUCUAUUACAGAAUUCCUUCUUCUGUCUUUUUUAAUUUGUAACUGGCUUUACAAGAUGAAAGUUUAAUAAAUUAUUGGAUUGCACAGGCUGUAUUCACUCAUGGGCGUUGUGUGCCCAUAUUAAGGUGUUUACUCAGAGAUCUUAACACUCAGAACUUGUAAGUGAAAAGUAGGCAUCACUGGCAUGAGGAUACAACAACCCUUCACCACAGAAGCAAAUUUUGCCUUUGGGGUGAAUUACAGAAAAUAGUUUGCUGCUACAACGGGGAAGGUUUGUUUCUAGUUUCUGCUAUUCUCUCUGGGGAUGAAUUAUAACUUUUGUUAGUGGGAGAUGUCCCAGUGGUUCAGAGAUGGGUAUUGUGGUGAAAGCAGCAAAAGAAGUGAAUCAUCUUCCAAGGCCCAAUCUGCAGGAUCAGCUCCAUCCCUUCUCUUCAGCACCUCCAAAGUCACUAAUAACAGAAAAUCACUUCUAGCUCAAAUAAGCUGCCAUCUGCACUUCACACACAAUUGCAUGACCGAGCCACAGUGCUCACCUAAGAGCUUGUGUCACUGAAGUGGUAAAUCAGAACUGAGGGCAGCAAUACAGACAGACCAUCCCACUAGCAGACAAAAGUUCCCUCAAUCCGUGCACAGUUAUGGAAACCAAGCAGUGAUGCAUAAUCCCUAUCAUCAUACUCUCCUAUAUUCCUUGGCCAGAUGCUCUGAGGGCCUUGGGACUCUGCAGAUUGGUCUAUGCAAUUUGAUUUCCAGCUGUUCCAAUAUUCUUUUUUCUCUAUCACCUUGCACAGACUGUCCUUAUUCGAGGUUGGAACUGCCUCUGCUUACUUCAGCAGUUGCUUUUCUUCCUUCAGCUGUUACAUUCCUGUCUAUCUGCUUCCAAAACCACACUGGCUCUGCCUACUUUCUGCUUAGGAAGCCUUAUGUCACACACAGUCAGCUACUGGUUGGUUGUGCAGAAGGUGUCAAAACCAAACCCAGGCUGCACAGCCCUCAUGUCUCUCCUGAAUAUCCCUCUUGUGAUAAAGCACAUCAGGGUCUGGCAUGGCCUGUCCCUCUCAUUCACUGCUUCCUGGGCUGCCACCAACUGAAGCCAAAUUUUUUCUUGGUGGCAAACUCAGAGGCCAGCCCUGUUCCCCAUGGAUUGAAGCAGGAACAAGCUAGCCAGUCUCCCUUCUGUGCAGCUGUUGAAUUUCAAACUGCACUUGUUUCAUCUAAUACAUCACUAUCAUGAUAGCAAACAUGCACCACUGCAGGUCCAGCAUGACUACAGCAACAUGCGUGAAUGCAUUUAUGAGUGGCAGCCAUGAAAAAAACCACCCAAGGUGGCAGCCAACUAAAAGCCCUGUCACUCCCUUUUUAAUUCUGCUUGAUCACCUUGUCAGUGUAAUGUGCAGUCCCUUUGGGACUCCACUCCAGUAUUUCUCUAGUAGUUAAUUCAAAUGUGAAUGUUCUAAUGUUUAUUUUAUAUGAACAAGUUUCAUGCCAAUUUAUAAUCAGCACCUACGCCAUAAACACAAAAUGGUUUAUAUACAAAGACACAGCCUCUGGUAAGUUGUAUCACAAGGUCGUCUAGUUAUUAAACCAGUUUGUCUGUAAACUUCA